AUGUUGAAGCUCCAGCAUGCCGGCCCCGCUGUCCGAAGGGUUGGGCGGAGCGCAUGCCUCGUGCUGUGCAAGGACAAGCGCGACAGGAAGGCUGCCCUGGACAAGCAGGGACGACGCAAGCCGAAACAGGAGGCGAGCAGCAUCCCCCAGGCCAGCGCACCCCCUUCCCAGGCACCUCCCCCCCGCAUCCAGACCAACAGCCUGGUCUCUGUGCGGGCCCAGCAACGCUUCCUCGCCCAGCUCCCCGCGUGCAAGCCGCUGCUGGCGGCCGGCGACCUGGAGGCCGCGCGCGAGGCGGCGGUGGAGGCGCUGGGCGUGCUGAGCUCGCGGCGCAGCGUGCGCGUCGUGGCGGCCUUUGACGCGCUGCGCGGCCCCUGCGCAUCCCAGAGCCAGUCGCUGACGCGCUCCGGCGUCACCGUCGUCUUCUGCGGCGCGCAGGAGGCCGACUCCUACCUCCAGGGCGCGGUAACGGGGUGGGUGCGUGACCCGGCCUGCAGCCGCGUGGUGGUGGCCAGCUCCGACGCCAUGGUGAAGACCAUGGUGGAGGCCAGCAGCACCCUGCACGGCGCCGACACGCCGGUGGUGGUGGUGUCGGCCACCUCCCUUGUGGCCGAGAUCGCAGCCGCCAAGAAAGAGUGCGUGUGA